AUGAUGCACGUCGGCACCGCGGACCUCGCGUCGGCCGUCUCCAACGCCGGCGGGCUGGGCAUCAUCACGGCGCUCAUCUUCCCCACGCCGGCGGCGCUGCGCGACGAGAUCCGCCGGUGCCGCACCCUGACGCCCAACCCCUUCGCCGUCAACAUCACGCUCCUGCCGGCCAUGGUGCCGCCCGACUACGGCGCCUACGCGCAGGCCGUCAUCGACGAGGGCGUGCGCAUCGUCGAGACGGCCGGCAACUCGCCGGGCCCCGUCAUCGCGCAGCUCAAGAAGGCGGGCGUCACGGUCCUGCACAAGUGCACCACCAUCCGCCACGCCGAGAGCGCCGUCAAGCUCGGCGUCGACUUCCUCAGCAUCGACGGCUUCGAGUGCGCCGGCCACGUCGGCGAGAGCGACAUCACAAACUUCAUCCUGCUGAGCCGCGCCCGCCAGCAGCUCAAGGUGCCCUUCAUCGCCUCGGGCGGCUUCGCCGACGGCUGGGGGCUCGCCGCCGCCCUCGUCCUCGGCGCCUGCGGCAUCAACAUGGGCACCCGCUUCAUGUGCACCGUCGAGGCCCCCGUCCACCAGCGCAUCAAGGAGGAGAUUGUCAAGGCCCAGGAGACGGACACGACCCUGCUGCUGCGCCGCUGGCGCAACACCAGCCGCCUCUACAAGAACAAGGUCGCCCUCGAGGCCCUCAAGAUUGAGCAGGAGAGCACCACCGGCGAGUUCAGCGAGAUUGCGCCCCUCGUCAGCGGCAAGCGCGGCAAGGAGGUCUUUGUCAACGGUCUGGACCACCGGCCAGGUCAUCGGCCUCAUCCACGACAUCCCCACAUGCGACGUGCUGGUCAACCGCAUCGAGCGCGAGGCCGAGAGUGCCAUCAAGGAGCGCCUCUCCCUCAUCAAGUCCGACUCCAAGCUUUAGAUGACAUUUAUUACACAGAGCCAUGUAUGCAUGUAUGCGUGUAG